UUCUUUUCAGUUCCGAUCCAACGUUUUCAAAAUGAGCGAAGGUGCUAUCACAAUUCGAACCCGCAAGUUUAUGACCAACCGCUUGUUGAAUCGCAAGCAAAUGGUCGUAGAUGUCCUCCAUCCUGGUAAAGCUACCGUAAAAAAGACUGUCGUUAAGGAAAGAUUAGCUCAAAUGUACAAAUGUGCUGCAGAUCAUAUAAUCUGCUUUGGAUUCAAGACAAUAUUUGGUGGUGGUAAAAGCACUGGUUUCGCCGUUAUCUACGAUAAUUUAGAUUAUCUUAAAAAAUUUGAGCCCAAGCAUCGUUUGGUUCGGUUGGGUUUCUUGGAGAGGAAAAGGGCUUCUAGGAAACAACGUAAGGAGAGAAAGAACAGACAAAAGAAAGUACGUGGUACUGCCAAAGCUAAAGUUGGUGCUGGCAAGAAGAAGUAAUCCGAUCCCGCUUGUACAAAAUAAUUCUCAAAUGCUUGUCUGAUACAGCCAGUUAAAUAAAAAGC